GACGUGGACAGCGCCACCGCCGCCGCCACCGCCAUGGUGGCCACCGAGGGGCUGCGGGAGAUGGAGGGCAGCGCGCUGCGGCGCCUGGUGGGCCGCGACGAGGCGAGCCCCGGGCCCGGUGGAGGUGGCCCCGGGGGCUCCUCGGGUGGCCCCGGGCGGUGCCUGGUGCUGGACUGCCGCCCCUUCCUGGCGCACAGCGCCGGCCACAUCCGCGGGGCGCUCAACGUGCGCUGCAACACGAUCGUGCGGCGGAGGGCCAAGGGGGCCGUGAGCCUGGAGCAGAUCCUGCCGGCCGAGGGCGAGGUGCGGGCGCGGCUGCGCGCCGGGCUGUACGCCGCCGUGGUGGUGUACGACGAGCGCAGCCCCCGCGCCGAGGCCCUGCGCGACGACAGCACCGUGGCGCUGGUGGUGCGCGCGCUCCGUCGCGACUCGGCGCGCGCCGACAUCCGCCUGCUCGCAGGGGGUUAUGAGCGCUUUGCCUCCGAGUAUCCUGAGUUCUGUGCCAAAACCAAGACCCUGAGCAGUAUUUCACCCCUCAGCAGCGCCGAGCCCCUGGAUUUGGGCUUCAGUUCCUGUGGGACUCCCCUUCACGACCAGGGUGGCCCCGUAGAAAUCCUUCCCUUCCUCUACCUUGGCAGCGCCUACCACGCUGCCCGGCGGGACAUGCUCGACGCGCUGGGCAUCACGGCGCUGCUGAACGUCUCCUCCGACUGCCCCAACCACUUCGAGGGGCACUACCAGUACAAGUGCAUCCCCGUGGAGGACAACCACAAAGCCGACAUCAGCUCGUGGUUCAUGGAGGCAAUCGAGUACAUCGACUCGGUGAAGGAGUGCUGCGGCCGGGUCCUCGUCCACUGCCAGGCUGGCAUCUCCCGCUCGGCCACCAUCUGCUUGGCUUACCUGAUGAUGAAGAAGCGCGUCAAGCUGGAAGAGGCCUUCGAAUUCGUCAAGCAGCGCCGCAGCAUCAUCUCCCCCAACUUCAGCUUCAUGGGGCAGCUGCUGCAGUUUGAGUCACAGGUGUUGGCCACCUCCUGCGCAGUGGAAGCUGCCAGCCCCUCGGGGACAUUGCGGGAGCGGGGCAAGGCCACCUCCACCCCCAACUCCCAGUUUGUCUUCAGCUUCCCUGUUUCCGUCGGCGUCCACGCCACCCCCAGCAGCCUCCCGUACCUGCACAGCCCCAUCACGAUGUCACCCAGCUGUUAGCUCAGGGUCCGAGGCCAGGCAGGUAGCGGAGGCGUGGGGAGGGCAGGCGAGCAGGGAGCCCUGUAACGUUAAGCAAUAGUGCUGGACACUGCCAUUCACCCCGGACUCGAUGUCUUUUUCGUAGAGAAAUUUCUUACCUCAUCUCAUCUUUUAUUGCUUUUUAUGUCUUGAAAGCAUGGAAGUUGUGAAAGCCGCAAACCCUGACAUUGGCCAGGCGCAGUUUUGGGGGAGGAGAAAAAUAGUACACCGGGUUUCCUGAAGUGCCUGGUCUUCAUCUCUUUCCAUCCCUAUUCUAUAUUAAAAACACACCUCCCUUUCCAUCCCAUUCCUACCUUAUUUGGGUUUUCCAUCUGGGUUGAAAAGGGAGCUUACGUUAUUUCUAUUGCACAGGACUCUUCUUGCACGGAGACACAGGUGCAUGGGGUAGCUGCUGCUUACCUCAGUUAGAGCAACAAGCGCUGCUGCUGCAGGCAGGGCUUCAGGGCGAGCAGGAGCGGUGACACAGGAGUGCCUGCGGUCAGCCUCACCUCUGACAGCGCCUGGAAGAGGCACUGCAAGAGCUGGCAGGCAACCCGAGUCACCGUCUGAGCCCAUUCCUGAGGGAAGAGCAGCCUCUGUGGCUAGGAGUCCAGAGGCUUCCAAGAGAGCAUGGAAGGGGAGGUGCAGUGCUAAGAGAUGCGUGGGUUUUGUUGUUUUGGUUUUGUUUUUUUGGCCACUGGGACUCUGGGUCUCUGGUUCCCAUACAAAUUGUGCCAAGCCUCCUGUAGUUUAAAGAAGAGAAAGAAGGGGUAAGGGCAGCAACCCAGGCUGUUGAUUACUCUGAUUGCUGUCCUCCAUCUCUUGCUUUCAAGAUUCCCCCCCCCCCCCUCCAUGACCAGUGCAUGCCACAGGCCAGGCUCUUUGUACAGCAUUCAUCCACCUGAGCUGGACUGUAGGGUCUCAGUCACCUGUGCACCUCUGCUUGUGGCCCAAGCCCAGAAAAUGCCCCAUCUUCAACCCACAUGUAGCCUUACCUCUUUCCCCCUCGGCCCAAUCCAACCCAAGAUGCCUGUGUGGCUGGUGUACAUAUGUAUGGUUUUGUUCCUUUUAUUUUAUAAUUAUUAUUUUUUUUUUUUUUAGAAAACAACUUUUUAUUUAU